AUGCAUCGCCUCCUUCACGUUCCGCAGAGCGAUGACCCGACUGCCAUGGGUCUGCCCCCACACUACGCCAGUCGAGUGCGUGCCUCGCCUCUCGUGGCAUUGGGGGCACUCGAUCACCAGGGCCGGCCAUGGAGCACCGUAUGGGGUGGAGAGCGAGGGUUCGCGCAGAAGGUGGCCGAGGACGUUGUUGCACUAAAUAGCGUCGUGGACAGGCGCUGGGAUCCGGUGUUUGAGGCGUUGUGGGAUGGGCAAGAUGGCGAGAGUGAGGCUGUGGUGCAGGGGAACGGCAGGUCAAUGAGUGGCCUGUCCAUUGACCUCGAAACAAGAGAUAGGGUCAAGCUGGCUGGCAGAAUGGUUGCUGGCGCAGUGGCCAAGGACCAGAAUGAAACGAGGGUGCAGAUGGCCAUGGCCGUGGAGGGGAGCUUGGGAAACUGUCCCAAGUACCUGAACAAGAAGGCUGUCACGCCUCACCAUUUGGACGACGCCGAGUUGCUGAGCUCGACGCUUCCUCUGCAUCCGCAGGCGGUGGAUCUUCUCACCCGUGCUGACCUCUUCUUCGUGUCCAGCACUAACGGGGAAAGCUUGGACACGAACCAUCGAGGCGGACCACCCGGGUUCGUGAGGAUUUUGAAGAACCAAGAGGGCGAAGUCGUGCUUGUCUAUCCCGAGUACUCGGGUAAUCGCCUCUAUCAGACCCUGGGAAAUCUCAAGGUCAACCCUCUGGUGGGCGUGGUGGUACCCGACUUUGAUACAGGAAACGUCCUCUAUCUGACAGGCUCAACGACCAUCCUCGUCGGCGAGCAAGCCACAUCACUGAUCGCUCGCACAAAACUAGCCGUCAAAAUCUCCGUCACAGAUGUGCGCUUUGUCAAGGCUGGCCUACCCUUUCGCGCAUCCUUCAUCGACUAUUCGCCUUACAACCCGCCUGUCCGGCAACUACUCACCGAACAACCCUCCCAUGUGUCCUCUGCCUCACAUAGUACCGUGGCUACCCUCAUCGACCGUGUGGCCCUGACCCCGACCAUCAGCCGCUUCACAUUCGACAUCUCCCUGCCUGAGAAGGAAGCCGAGACGAAUGAGCCGCUUUGGCAGGCUGGACAGCACGUCACAUUGGACUUUUAUGACAGAUUGAGCUAUGGGUACGCACACAUGAACAACGCGGAUCCACAGAGUCUCAACGACGACUACGUACGAACCUUUACGGUCUCCAAUGCGCCGGGCAAGAAUCAGCGCCGUCAGCAGAUAGAGAUUACGGCCAAGAAACAUGGGCCAGCCACGGGCCUGAUGUGGCGGCAUCCUCUCGCCCACGCCCACCAGAUCCCCUUGGAGAUCCCCGUCAUGGGUUUCGGCGGGGAGGAGUCGUUCCGCAUGAAAAAUGGGGAGAAGAACGUCUUUGUUGCCGGUGGUGUGGGCGUCACGCCGAUGCUAGCGCAGAGCGCACAGUUGCUGCUGCGCAAUGACGCUGCGGGUGACAAUCUACGACUUGUAUGGAGCCUGCGUGCUGAAGACAUCCCACUGGCUGUCGACUCCUUUGAAAGGAACAAGGGCCUUGCGAGCGUGACCAAGCUGUUCAUCACCGGGGACGCCGGCGCGAGCCUUGUAAAGCAGAUGGAGCAGUUGGGGGCAACUGCCGAGGCGCGAAGGCUGGGUCCGACGGACUUGUCCAAUCUCAAGGGGCGCAAGUUCUACUUAUGCGCAAGUCCAGUUUUGCUACGGAAUUUGAACGAGUGGCUGGCCGGGGAGGAUGUCAUUUGGGAGGAUUUUGGAUACUGA